UCCUUUUUUGAAAAGUGCUUCGGGAAACUAGUUUACAAGAGUUUGCUUUUUGCAGCUGAAACCUUUCACAAUGCGGUGUGGGAAUCCGUCUUAUAUUCUGACUUUCUGUGCUUUCUUUAAUAUCGAACAAAAUUCUGCUCUGUUAGUCCAUGGAAAUUCUAAUUCCACUAAUACUAUCCAUGCUUCUAGUGGACACCAAAUCGAUUCGACAGAAAUGAUGCAAUUGCUUCUGAACCAGACUGCUGAGCUGAGAAAUCUCAAGCAACAAACGGAGAAAAUUCAAUUGCUUCAAAACCAGACGGCCGAGUUGAGAAACCUCAAGCAACAAGCAGAAAACGACAGAUCGACAAUCCAACUGCUUCAGAACCGUGUUUUCUUUCUGGAAGCGGAAUUGAGAAAACUAAAUGCGUCAAAGCCCCCCUCCAGUGAUGAGUUGUCUGCGUACUUAAGCAACAUGAAACAAAUAGUGCUGACCAUGACGGCAAAUGAAGAGUACGACAAAAACAUCACAAAGCGUCUGAAUGACGCUGUCAAUAAUCUGGAGAAUCUGAAGGUCGAGGUGAGAUACACGAGCCUUUCGCUGUUGGACGUCCACUCUAAAACAAAACAAUUAAACACAACGUUACUCAGGGUUUUCAACGAUGGAAUGAACGGCGUCAAUGAACAAAUAGCGAAUAUAACCAGAAAGGUGGCCUUCACUGUCGGAGUGUCGUCUUCUGACGGCUCCUGGAACAGCGGUACGUUAGUGUUUCCACAUGUCGUGUACAAUAUAGGAGGAGGUUACGACCCAAACACCGGAGUUUUCACAGCCCCUGUCGACGGACACUUUGUCUUCUUUGUCAACGUGCAAUCUUAUUCGACCAAUGCUAUAUAUGUACAGUUAAUACUAAAUGGGUCCCCUAAAGUCAUAGCCAUGGCUGAGACAACUGGUAGUUCUUCAAACGAAGCAGGACCAAACCUGGCAGUAUUAAGACUCCAAAAGGGAGACAGAGUGUGGAUUAAAUAUUAUGCCGGUAGAGGUUACUUUUCAUACAGUAAUGCUCCUGUAACAACAUUCUCAGGAUUCCUCAUAUAAAAUAAUGACAUUUCACAGAAGAUACUUAACGUCUAUAGUGAUUUCUAUAUCAGUAUACAUGUACGUGAAUCCAGAAAGUGUCAACACCCCAGGAGAUAGAGUGCAGGGUCAGUCGUUAUCAUGGUAACGGUUAUUAAUUGUUAAUAUCUAGGCAAACUGUUGGUGUUAAGGAUUUUUAACAAACAUUUAUAUUACAUGUAUUUGGUCAGAUUUAUAGGUAUAUAUUUAGACAUCAAACUAUUUCUAAUCUAAGUCUUCUGUAUGAUCCGACCCUUGUUUUAUGUGUUAAUAAAAUGUUUUA